UUGGUUGUUUCAAAACAAGCGGGGGAAAUCUGAGAAUCGUUCUGUGCUGCCUGCAUGUAACUCAGGAAACUCAAAAUAUUCUUGAGGUCAUGCCUGUCCAUGUAGUCAAAGACGGGGCCGGUUCCAACAUCCAGGUGCCCUCUCAACUCCAGAGGAUCCCCAUUCCACUCCUCAGCCCUACUUUAGACAGUACUGGCAAGACUGUGAAGGGGAGAGUUAUUCAUAAAGGGCCCUUGGUAUCCAUAGGAGAAGACUACUAUGUCCUGAAGACUGUGGUUCAAGAAGAAGACUCCCAACAAAUCCUGUCAUCUGAACCCUCGUCCAUCAAUGUCAUCCUGUUUGGUGCAAUGGCAAAGGAUUACUCUGAAUCCGUGAGUCAUGGGGAUGUGCUGCUGCUGGCAGGCUUCACACUGGCCAAGUCUCCCACUGCCCACAAAGACAAGCUCCAUGCCUAUAACCUGCAGAUGGCUGGCGAUGACGCUUCAGUGUAUGUGUACCCGUCAUCUACUCUUAGCCCCAGAGCAUCCAUAUCCAAAAGGUCCUCUCCGCUUCGCACUGAGGACACUAAGGCAGUGAAGGUGGCUAGGUACUCGUAUGUUUCACUGAGCGACCUAAAGCCUGGGGUUGUGGUGAACGUCUAUGCUGUGGUCUGCUUCUUCAAACAACCCUUUCGGACUAAGGGGACAGAUUACUGCUCCACACUGAAGAUUACAGACCAAUCAAACAAUAAAGUGGGCUGUACCAUAUUUUCUGACAAGCUUGAGGAACACCCCAAGAUCUUCAAAAUUGGAGACAUCAUACGCCUACAUAGAGUCAAGAGUCAACUUUUUAAUGGAGCCAUCAGCCUUUUGACCAGCCAUGGUUUCUCUGUGGUCACCUUUGAUGGAACAGUGGGCAGUCCUGUGGUCCCUCGCACCUGCAGCAAGUCCUUCUGCUUUGGUGAGGAAGACCAGCAUACUGUUGAGGCCCUUCGUGUGUGGGCGGCCAACGAGUCGCUGGUCCCUGCUGAGCCAAGUGUACCCCUCUCAUCUGUACAGCCCAAAGCUUACUUUGACCUGACCUGCCAAUUGCUGGCUAAAGCCCCUGUGGACAGCAGUUGCAUGCUAAUGAAGGUUUGGGAUGGUACGAAGUGUGCUUAUCCUACGCUGGAUGUGUUCGUUGAGCCCAACACUCUUGAAGGAAGUCCCCCAUUGUCCAAGUACAUAGAAGACCUCACAGUCAACAUCUUGGUCUAUGACAACCACGUAGAGAUCGCCCGGCAGUUGAAGCCUGGGACAUACCUUCGAAUAUACAACCUACAUGCAGUUCCUGGGGCCAGUCGGUUGCCUGGCAACGACUCUGAACAGUCAGAUCAAACGGGACACCUGGGUUUCCACCUGCAUGGGGGCACUUCAUAUGGAAGAGGUUUGUGCGUCCUGCCUGACGACAGCCCAGAUAUACAGGACCUCAAAAGGAUCUUGGAAAAAAUUUCGGAUUCUGACGUGAAUGACUCCUCUCUGUUGGAUGUCUGGAAUACGCCGCCAGAGUCUAUUGAGACUGUUCCAGUUGAGAUGGCUACUGAGCGGACCUGUGACCACACAAUGGACCCGGUUACAUUGGCUGAAGUGAAGACCAGAGGGCCCCCUCAGGUUUACCAUGUUAAGGCUCAGCUUAUGUCUUACCUGCCUCAGAAACUUUACCAGUCCUUGAAACUGUACUGUCACAAGUGUAAAUCCAUACGGGACGUCCCUGAUGAUGGAACAGUGGGGGGCAUGUUCUUGGAGGCCCAGAAGGACGAUGGGCCAUGUGAUGGGUACUGGAAACUUGAGCUGCAUCUCCCUAGAGAGCCUCCUUCUGAACUGCCCAGCCGGACCCUGACUCUUCACAUGUCCAGCCAACUAGUGGGGAGUGGCAAGGCUAAGGAGCUUAUAUUCCUAAAGGGGGCUACCUUGGAGGAGACUUGUCGGAUUGCAUCAGCUUACAGUAACGUUGUCCCAGUGAUGUCACCACAAGGAUCCAUGACUUUACUGGAUCUCUCCGCUCCCUUCCUGUUCCGGGGUUCCAGAAGAUACUAUGGGUGCAAACAGUGCUCGAAUGUAAAAUUAAGAGAGUCAUUGGGUGAAGAAGUGGAGAUGUUUGAUGAGAAAAGUGUGGCAGAAGCAAUGGGGGUGCAGCUGCUACAGUAUGGCCUCCUGAUGAAGCUGGAGCUGCAGGAUGGGACUGGCUCCUUGGAGGCCCUGCUCUGGAGAGAUUCAGAGUCAUUUUUUCACGUGUCAGCUGUGGACGCAGCAGCCGACCAGGAGGCUCAAGACAGGGUCCAGGACACCAUGGACAGACUCUGUCCACCAGGGAGUAGCAUGGCAGAUAGGCCCUGGCUGGAUCUGUGUCUCUCUUCUUACUCAGUGGAGGAGGACGGCCAGAGAAGGACUUGCUACCAGAUUUGCCACACAGAUGCAAGAGGCCCUAACCCACACACACACAUACUUCCUCACACACACACUACCCCUAGUGACACGUAGCUCUCAUAGUAACUAUGUUCAAUUUACAGGAACAAUAUUUAAUAUGUUUCCCUACAAAAUCAAAAAACGAACAAACUCAUUGUCUUAUUAGAAAUAAAUCAGACAUGUAAAUUA